AUGUUGUGUCCAUCAAAUAAAUUUGCUAUUCAACUUAAUCAAUAUUAUAUUGAAAAAGUAAUACCACGAAAAAAUUCAAUUUAUAAAGCUGUAAGAGAAGUAUCAAAAGUUGUUACUGAAAUAUUACAUGAAGUUGAAGCACAAGAACCAAGAUUUAUUUCAUCAUUAAAUGAAAUUAGUGGUCGUUUUGAAGGUCUUACUGUUAAAUCACAAACUGAAUUUGAAGUCGUUCUCUAUUUAAAUCAAAUGGGUGUAUUUAAUUUUGUUGAUGAUGGUACAAUACCUGGUUGUGCUGUAUUAAAAUUAUCGGAUGGACGUAAACGUUCAAUGUCACUUUGGGUUGAAUUUAUAACAGCAAGUGGUUAUUUAUCAGCACGUAAAAUUCGUUCACGUUUUCAAGCACUUGUUGCACAAGCAUGUGAAAAAUGUCCAUGUAAAAAUUAUAUACAAUUAUUAACUGAUACAACAGAAGUACGUCUUCGUAUACGUGAUAAAUAUAUUGUACAUAUUGUACCAGCAUUUCGUUGUGCUGGUUUAUGGCCACGUUCAGCAUCACAUUGGCCAUAUACAGCAACACAAUUUUCUAUUUGGCCAAGUCCAAAUCAAAUAAAUGAUGUUAAAAAUGAAGGUUUUAAUAUUUUAUCAAAAGAAUCAAUUUAUAUGAAAGAUAAACAAGCAAGUUCAGAAGGUGAUGCAUGGGUUAUGUCAUUUACAGAAGCUGAAGAUCGUCUUUUACAAAAUGGUACUAGACGUAAAUGUCUUUCAAUAUUAAAAACAUUACGUGAUCGUAACUUUGAUUCUAUACCAAUAACAAAUUAUGUAUUAAAAUCUUUAGUUUUAUAUGAAUGUGAAAAACAUCCAAAUGAACAUGAAUGGUCUGAUGAACAAACAUUAGGUGAUCGUCUUAAUGGUAUAUUAUUACAAUUAAUAUCAUGUUUACAAUGUCGAAAAUGUCCACAUUAUUUUUUACCUAAUGUAGAUUUAUUUAAAGGUAAAUCUAUUCAAUCAUUGGAUUGUGCUGCUAAACAAUGUUGGCAAUUAACUCGUGAAAUGCUUAUUAAUAGUCAUUGUCUUGAUAGAUUAUAA